AGAGCGAAACCUGCUCGAAUCUGAGGGAGUUUACUAUAUAUGGUCAAAGCUGAGCAAAGGAGAACAGCGCAGGCUUCCGGGUUUAUGAGAUUAGCAAAAAUCAGAUCUGCCGGUAGCAAGGAGCGAAGUAAACAGGGUUUGUUAUUUAUUCUUACAGAGUGAUUCAAGGCGCAGUCAGAAGAGGUCUGCAAGUAUGCCGUACGAACUUAAGAAAGUGUUUGCCAGCCUGCCACAGGUAGAACGUGGAGUUGCAAAAGUCCUUGGAGGUGAUCCGAAGGGAAACCACUUCCUUUACACCAACGGGAAGUGUGUCAUCAUCAGAAACAUUGAAAAUCCAGCAAUUGCAGAUAUCUACACUGAGCAUGCUCAUCAGGUUUCUGUUGCUAAGUAUGCUCCCAGUGGAUUCUACAUUGCAUCUGGAGAUGUCUCUGGGAAGCUGAGAAUCUGGGACACCACUCAAAAGGAACACCUCCUUAAGUAUGAGUACCAGCCCUUUGCAGGAAAAAUUAAGGACAUUUCAUGGACAGAAGAUAGCAAGAGAAUAGCAGCAGUUGGAGAAGGGCGGGAGAAGUUUGGAGCAGUGUUCCUGUGGGACACGGGCUCGUCGGUUGGCGAGAUCACUGGUCACAGCAAGGUCAUUAACAGUGUGGAUGUAAAACAGACACGCCCCUACCGCAUUGUAACCGGCAGCGAUGAUAACUGUGGAGCAUUCUUUGAGGGACCUCCAUUUAAGUUUAAGUUUACAAUGAUGGACCACAGCCGGUUUGUGAACUGUGUGAGAUUUUCCCCUGAUGGGAACAGAUUUGCUUCAGCUGGCGCUGAUGGCCAGAUCUUUAUCUAUGAUGGAAAAAAUGGAGAGAAGAUCUCUGCUCUUGGUGGUGAAAAGGCCCAUGAUGGAGGUAUAUAUGCUGUUAGUUGGAGUCCUGACAGCACUCGGCUACUUUCUGCUUCUGGAGACAAGACGGCUAAGAUCUGGGACGUUGCUAAUAACUCUGUAGUGACCACGUUCAAUAUGGGAUCAGAUGUUUUGGAUCAGCAAUUGGGCUGCCUGUGGCAGAAGGACCACUUGCUGACCGUUUCUCUGUCUGGUUACAUCAACUACCUUGACAAAAACAAUCCAAACAGGCCUUUGCGCACCAUCAAGGGCCACAGCAAAUCCAUCCAGUGUCUGACCGUGCAUAAAAAUGAUGGACGAUCAUACAUCUACUCUGGAAGUCAUGACGGUCAUAUCAAUUACUGGGAUGCUGAAACCGGAGAGAAUGGUGCCUUUAGUGGAAAGGGCCACAGCAACCUGGUGUCCAGGAUGGCUGUAGAUGAAUCAAACCAGCUGGUCAGUUGCGGUAUGGAUGAUACAGUUCGUUUCACCAGUGUGACUAAGAAAGAAUACAGUGCUUCAGACCUUGUUAAAAUGGAUGUCCAGCCCAAGUGUAUCGCAGUGGGGCCAGGAGGUUAUGCAGUGGCUGUUUGCAUUGGGCAGCUUGUGCUGCUAAAGGAUAAGAAGAAAGGCUUUGGAAUGGAUAACCUUGGUUAUGAGCCAGAAGCUGCAGCUGUUCACCCAGGAGGUGUGACUGUAGCAGUGGGAGGAUCGGAUGGCAAAGUCCACUUGUAUUCCAUUCAAGGAAACACCCUGAAGGAUGAUGGAAAGACCCUGGAGGUUAAGGGGCCUGUGACUGACCUUGCCUAUUCCCACGACGGUGCCUACCUUGCUGUCUGUGAUGCAAACAAAGCUGUUACUGUCUUCACUGUGGCUGAUGGAUAUGCAGAGAAAGGUGUCUUCUACGGCCACCAUGCUAAAGUGGUCUGCAUUGCUUGGUCUCCAGAUAAUGAGCAUUUUGCCACUGGAGGCAUGGACAUGAUGGUCUCUGUCUGGACUGUAAGCAAUUCAGACACAAGAAUCAAAAUGCCAGAUGCCCACAGGAUGCACCACGUCAGCAGCGUGGCCUGGUUAGAUGAGCACACUCUUAUCACAACAUCCCACGACUCCUCUGUCAAGCAGUGGACUGUCACAUACAAAUAAGCAAGCGACACCAGAUCUUCAGGGACAAGAACUACUGCUGCAGAAGGAAUUGCUUUCACGAUUCCUUUAUUGGGUGCCGAGUUCCAUAUCAUAUCCCUGAAUCAUUACAGAGAAGUCAUAUCUAAAUAUGGUGUAUCUUGAAAGCUUUAGUCAGUAAAUAUUUGCACGAAAAAGCACUUGGCAUAUUCUCUGGUGCUUCUAACCCUUCUAUGCUCAACAUUCCAGGGCAAUAGCCUUAUCUCAGUUCAUUUUUACAGACUCAGAUCAGUCUUUUCCUGUCUUUUCUAGCAGAGAUGUUUGUAACAUUGUAUGGAACAGGAUUAACAUUUGCCUCAUUGUGUGACUACAGAAUAUUUUUAUGUACCAUUCACAUAUUAAAAAUGAAAGUAUAUGAUCAAAUACUGUGUGUACAGCAGAGUGCAGCUACUGUAUAUUGUUCUUUAUUACUUUGCUCAUCUGUAUUUCACAUAUUUUGUUGCCAAUUUUUUUUUUUUCUUCAGGUGGCAAUGGUACAUAAUAAAAGUUUGUACACGUUUAACACUGUUCUUGUCCAUUUUGAACAGUGGAUUUAUACCCUCUUUUUGUUAGACUAUUUUUUUUAGAAUACCUUUCACAUCCAAUACUCCCAAAUAUGUAAUUUUGGUAUUCAGUUCUCUUAGUUAAUUCUCAAUCCCUCCUUGUUGCAGGACAGUAAAUACUGUAUUAGAAAGUGCAUUAAACUGCAUGUGUACAAAAUAGCAGCAUGAGCCACAUUUUUAUUGAAAAGGUAAAUUGUUACCUAAUGCAGAAGUGUGCUGAUUCAAUGUUUCUCUGUGGGCUUUAGCUGCUGUCUGUGCAGUACACUUGUCAAUGAUUUGUAUGACAUUUCUUGCCAGUGCAUUCAACCCCCCCCAUAUAAAUAAUUCUGUGGUCUUCAGCUGUGGUUCAGUACACACUUGGGAAAACAUCCACAACACCAUAAGCGAUUUUUCGUAUAGAAAAUAAAGGACACACGUGUGCAAUGCAAGACUGCUUUGCAGUACAUCUGCUUUUUAUUCAACAUUUCAAAUUAUUGGCACAUGCAGGUGACUCCUAAAAUGAUAUAAUUGUGCUUUAUAGUUUGUUUUUUUUAUUAGCCAAUUUGUUGUGUGUGUGUGUGUGUGUGUAUAUAUAUAUAUAUAUAUAUAUAUAUAUAGAUAUAUCUAUAUAUAUAUCUAUAUAUAUAUAUCUAUAUAUAAAUAAUAAAAUAUAGGGGGUUUAAAUCUUGGCAUUUUCUUUUAAUCGGUUAAUCUGAAUGAUUAAUCACACCCGUUUACGCUGUGCAAUUGUAGUGAAAGACAACUAAAAGUAACACUUGGUAUUAAUGCUAUUUUUUGCAAGCAUUUAUUAAUGGCACCUAAUGUUUUACAGGCAACUUUAAUUUAACAAUAAAUGAAAACGUUUACUUGCUUGUAAUCUGAAGUUAGCCAAAGCAAGUCUUUUAAUAUAAUACCCAAAUGCGGUGCCAUGCAUUACUGUAAAUUAGCAGCGGUACUACAAUAUGUUGGGACUUUUUUCGUCUAAACUUUAAACUAACAGGUCAUUUAUUGAAUUGAGUGCUAUUUUAUUUUAGUUUCAUUUAGUUAGCUGAAUAUACCAUAAUUAAGACUUAGACUUAGGCUAUAGCUGUAAAUCUACCACCAUGGUACAGAUUUAAACUAAAAGAAUACAUUGUUUAAAAAAAAAAAUCAACUUCCUUGCGACUCGGAUAACAUAAACUCGUAGUACUGCUGUGAAAGGAAAGCCCCGAAGAGCAAAUCUUGCAAGUUGCUAUGCCGUCGUUUUCUCGUUCUUCAUUCCACUUUGAAAUGAGAAAGUAAGGACAUGGAGGAUUUAAAAGCCCAUUUUAUUGUUCACAGCAAAACCCUGUACAUGAAAGAUUGUACUAUUAUUAUUACAGUAUUGUUAUUACAGUAUACCUGUGACUAGUCUUUAAAUGAUGUUAAUGCAAUUAAGAAUAGUAAUUGUAUUUUGUCCAGCUUAUUUUUUUAUUAAAAUGUUGCACCCUC